AUGAAUUAAGACCAUCUUUAAUUUGAUUUCUAGUUGAAAGCCUUAUUUAUGUUUAAUCCUUUAGCCGUUCCUACAGUUCCAAAACCAUCUGAAUAAGUAAUCUGAUUAAAAAUAAAUCAAGGAUCAAUAAGAUGCAAAAUUAAUUUACUAUUUCCCUUAGAAUGCUAAUAUAGAAGAAAAAAGAAUAUAGACAGGUAUGGCUGAAGGAAUAUUUAUCUUUUUCAAAUAGUUUAAUCCAAAUGAAUAGAUGAUGCAAAAGUAAUGGUAAUAAGAUGAUAAAGAGAAUGAAUUAAAGUUUUAGACAAUUCAUUUGGAAUCAUAAACACAUAUCAUAUGUUAAAUUAGAGAAGAUCUCUUUCUUUUUAUGACAAUAGCUCAUUAAAAAAUACCUAAAGUUAAAGUUAUAGUGGAAGAUUACUUUUUUAGCGAAUGCAAUAAAUUUCAUUAUAGUUUAUCAAAAAACUUAUAUACAAAUGUUGCUGAGAAUUUUAUAAAUAAUUUUUCUUUGUUUUAUGGAUUUGAUAUUUCAUAAUUAGAUUAGUAUACAUGGAGAUGGAUUUAAUGUAAUGCAAGGACAAGUUCUUAAUUAAAUUUAUUUUAUUUUUAAACUUAAUCCUUUAAAUAUGCCUUUGAUGCAAGUAUAUUUUUAUUACUUCAAUUUCUAUUAUCAAUGAUAAGAUAAAUUGAAUCAUAAAUAACUGAUUUUUUAGUAUUUUAUAAUGGAUAUUUUGUAUAUUCAACUUUACCUCAUAAGAUGGCAUUAUUAAUAAAAGAACAUUAUUAUGGUAAUGGAUUAUCUUGGUCAACAACAGAAUAAAAAGUUGCUUAAAAAUAAUUUUUAUCAUAUGAAUAAUCUUAAUUGGCAUAUCUAAAUUUUAAUAAUCUUAAAAAUUUACCUAAAGAUUCAUCUUUUAGUCCAUAAAUAAUAUAUUUAAAUUAAUAGAAAAAAUAUUUUUUUACAUUUUUAGAAAAAUAAUUUUUUGUUAUAUUAAUUUCUGAUAUAACAAAAGAUCUAUCAAAUAUGACAACAGUUACAACAGCAUUAUUAAAAAAUGUUGAUAAAAUAUCAAGUAAAUUAGAAUCUUAUAUUGAAACAAACUAAAAAUAAGAUAGUAUUAGAUAUAUAUAUUUUAAUGGUAUAAAUUUGGCAUCAAAAAUUUCAAGUUAAUUAAAUAUAUAAAAAUUAUCUUAAGAAAAUUUAAGAAUUUUGUAAUAAGUUUAUGAAAAAUUAAAUCAUUGUAAUCAAUAUGUAAUUAGAAAGUAUUAUUUAAAUUGUUUAACAAUAGUGCUGGUAUGUGGUUUUUUGGUAUAAAAGUAGUAGAUAAAAGAGUUAUAUAUUUGCAAUCUGCAACAAUAAGUUUAAGUAAAAUAGAAGAAGAAAUCAAUAAAUUUGUAGAAUAACUCUUUCCUAAUUUCCUAUUGUGA